AUGAACGAAAAAGUAGAUAAAAAAAGUAUUUUAACUGGAAAUACUAGUCUCAAUGACACAAGUAAAAAUGCAGAUUAUACCUCACUUGAUGAAGCUAAUAGUAAUUGGUUGAAACAAUUACAAAGUAUUUGGAAUCAUUGGAAAAAAAGUACACCAGUUUCUAAUGAACUCACUAAAUUUUUUGAGUCUGCUCCCAAUCCGUAUUUGAGUACUCUUAGAAUUUUAUUAAAUGCUGGAGACUUCCAUAAUGUUAAACCAAAGUCUUCUCUAGCACUAACAAUUAUAGAAGAUUUUCGAAAAUGGAUAUCAGUUCACAAAGAAGCUCACAAAAGUUGUCUUGUUCCUGAAUUGAAAAUGGAAGCCUUCAAGGGUGUUAGUAAACAACGUAAUAUGCUUCUUGUUAAAUUAGUAUCUGAUGCAUAUGAAUUUGACAAGGAUAAAGAAAUGUUUUUGCCCCUUAUACAGGUGAUGCUGAGUGAGAAAAAGUACAAAGAAGUAGCUCAAUACGCAACAAUAUUGAAUCUGCAAGAUCACUUUGGAGAUCCAGAAUUAAUAUUAUUGCCUCUGAUUCUUCAAAAUAAAAAUACAAUAGUUGAAGAUUUUUUGAAAAAUUGCCCAGAAGUACAAGAAAAAAUAGUUGUAUACCUAGAUAAUAUACUUAGACCAAAAGAAAAGAUGCAAGAUACAUUAAUUAAAUUUAUUGAAGCAAAUAAUAUCACAGAUAUUAAAACAUGUGCGUUACAACCACGUGCAAUGACUAAAUUAGUAACACGUUUGGUUAAAAUAUUCAAUCUAUCACCAGAUAUUUGCCCAAAUUUGCAUCGUAAGCGUGAGGAAGGUACAGUACAAUUUUUUGUUUACAAACGUUUCGUUGAAGGAAGUAUAAGCUCUGAAUGCUGGCGAGAAAUGGUGCAUGAAACUGAUAUCAAAGAUACUAAUAUUCAAAUAAAUUUGGUAUCAAUGAUAUCACAAUACGACCCAGAAGAAGCUUUGUACUGGAUAAAAGUGUUUAACCUUCCUGAAGACACCUGGCCCUGGGCAGUAGCAAAUUUGGAUAAUAGAUUAACAAAUAAAUUGGACAAUUCAUGUGAUACUACCGAAAUUAAUAUUGGAAAUAUACAUCAGGGUGAACCCAAUUAUCAUGUUUUGCGUUUGUCGAGAGAAUCUAUAGAGAUAAUAGAUAAUACAGAAAACUUUAAAAAAUUCAUGAAUCAACAAUUGAUUGAAUUUUCAGUUGUUGGAAUAGAUUCCGAGUGGAAACCAAGCUUCGGAGUGUGGAAAAAAAGUGAAUUAGCUCUUAUACAAAUAGCUACAGACAAAAAUAUUUAUAUUUUAGAUGUAAUUAAAAUAGGACCAAACAACAGAAAAUUAUGGCAGGAAUUCGGCAGUCUGUUGUUUGGUAACAGUAAAAUUACUAAAUUGGGAUUUGGUAUAAGGCAUGAUAUUUUAAUGUUUAAAGAAUGUUUACCAGCAAUGUUUGAAUUAACAGAAGGAUGUAUGAACUACUUAGACAUUCACUUUUUAUGGAAUAAGCUUGUCAAAGAAUACGAUUUUACAUUUCCUUAUCCCGGAGAUGAUAAUUUUACUGGUGAAAGUCUUAGCAAAUUAGUAGAACUUUGUUUAGGUAAUAGGUUGAAUAAAGCUGAUCAAUGUUCCAAUUGGGGAAGAAGACCCUUGCGUGAAGAUCAGAUAACUUACGCAGCUUUAGAUGCCUAUUGUUUAAUUGAAAUUUAUAAUAUAUUAGUUGAUCUUUGUAAUGAACGCAACAUUCCUCUACAAGAGAUUUGCGAUGAACUUUAUCAGUCUCAGCUUUGUUCGUCACCAAAGAAAAUUAAUAAAAAACCAGAGGUUAAAUCGUCCAUUAAUAGAUUGGUUAUUCGACCUAGUUCGGCAGUUACUAAAGAGACUAUUAAAUCAGAACGUAUUCCUGCACAUCAAUGGAAAGUAAUUUGUGAUGCAGUUUUAAGUAAUUUAGUAAAACCUUUAAGAAUGUGUGGCUGUAAUUGCAUUUUUCUUGAUCAUGAUCCAAAUUCUGUUCAAUCAAUUAAAAUAGCUCUGCAAGACAAAAGAGUAUUUCUUACACGUAAUCUUAAUCCUGAAAAGCUAAAAAGAUUAGGAUCUUUACCACCAGAGCAAUAUUAUUGCGUUGAAAGUGAUAAUUCUGAUGAUCAAUUAAGAGAAGUGAUGAAACAUUUCAAUAUUUCCGUCACAGAAAAUGAUAUUUACAGUCGCUGUCAAAUUUGUAAUUGUGAUGAGUUUGUUCAAAUUUCUAACAAAACAAUGUGGAAACUUAACUUAAAGUUUUUAGGUCGAGAAUAUAUGCCUACAGUAACAGAACAGAACCAAAAUGAUAAUUCCCAGGUCGAAGAUUGUAGAUUCAAAGAUCGUACAUGGCUGUUGUCGAAAGAAACUUCGCACACAAUGCAGUGUAAAACAAAAUAUGGAGUACUUAUUCAAAUUGAUAAGGUUCCUGUUGGUAUUUGUCGACGAGUUUCAAUUUUUUUCAUUUGUCACCGAUGUGGCCAAGUGUAUUGGGAUGGUUCACACUAUGAGCGUACUUUGAACUUCACUCUUAAAGGUGUUGUGUCUCAUGAUUCUGAAUUAGUUGAAAACUAA